AAGACGGAAGUGUAUUAAUUUUUUUUUUAUUUGUUGCUUUUGCGUGAAGCGGCUUAAACGACGCAUCCUGUUUGGGCCUUUCCACAGACUCUCACACACACACACACACACACGCUCAAAUAUAGGCACAAACAAGUGUUGUGAUCGCAGUGACUAAAUAACGGAUAUAUUUAGAAUUGAUUUUUGUUUUUCGUCUCACCGUCUCGCUGAUUGUAAUUGACGAUCGACUGGGCAGUGGUUUGAUUAAUUAACUAACCAAAGCCCCCAUCCCCCAGCCAGACAAAAUGACUGGUUUUACCAACGCCGGCUUCGAAAACGAUGAGCCAGUUAAGCCAAAAGCUGGUUUUGAGCCCGACACCGCCUCGCUGCGAGAGAAAGUUGUGUUGAAUCCGCGCGAGAAAUGGCGCAUCUUAAAGAAUAUCUCAAUCAUCUCAAUAGCGUUUAUGGUUCAGUUUACAGCAUUUCAGGGCACAGCGAAUCUGCAAUCGUCAAUUAAUUCAAAGGACGGCCUCGGCACAGUAUCGCUUAGUGCGAUAUAUGCCGCUUUGGUGGUAUCCUGCAUAUUUUUGCCCACACUGAUCAUCAGGAAAUUGACAGUGAAAUGGACUUUGGUAUGCAGUAUGUUGUGCUAUGCUCCAUACAUUGCAUUCCAGUUAUUCCCGCGAUUCUAUACAUUGGUGCCAGCUGGCAUCCUGGUGGGUAUGGGUGCCGCUCCCAUGUGGGCAUCGAAGGCCACCUAUUUGACUCAGGUGGGUCAAGUGUAUGCCAAGAUAACGGAACAGGCUGUUGAUGCCAUUAUUGUGAGAUUCUUUGGCUUCUUCUUCCUGGCCUGGCAAUCCGCUGAGCUCUGGGGCAAUCUCAUCUCCAGUUUGGUGCUAUCCAGUGGUCCCCAUGGCAGCAGCAGCAGCAGCGAUAACUCAACCGUCAGUGCGGAGGAUCUUGCCUUGUGUGGUGCACAUUUCUGUACCAGCACCGGCACUUCUGGUCACGGCAAUCUCGAACGUCCAUCGGAGGAUGAAAUCUUUGAAAUCUCCAUGAUCUAUUUGUCAUGCAUUGUUGCGGCCGUUUGCAUAAUUGCCUUCUUCCUCGACCCAUUGAAGCGAUAUGGUGAGAAGCGUAAGGGUUCCAAUUCGGCAGCCGAACUCUCAGGACUGCAGCUGCUCUCGGCCACCUUCCGUCAGAUGAAGAAACCGAAUCUACAACUCCUUAUCCCCAUCACGGUCUUCAUUGGUAUGGAGCAGGCGUUCAUUGGUGCCGACUUCACUCAGGCCUAUGUGGCAUGUGCUUUGGGUGUCAAUAAAAUUGGCUUCGUCAUGAUCUGUUUCGGUGUGGUAAAUGCCCUCUGUUCGAUUCUCUUCGGUUCGGUCAUGAAGUACAUUGGCCGCACACCCAUCAUUGUCCUUGGCGCUGUGGUACAUUUCACCCUCAUUUCGGUGAUGCUCUUCUGGCGUCCCAAUCCCGAUAAUCCCAUCAUAUUCUAUGCCAUGUCCGGCCUCUGGGGUGUGGGCGAUGCCGUCUGGCAGACACAGAUCAAUGGUCUCUAUGGCCUGCUCUUCCGUCGCAACAAGGAGGCGGCGUUCUCCAACUAUCGUCUCUGGGAAUCGGCUGGUUUUGUCAUUGCCUAUGCCUAUGCCACGACGUUGUGCACAAGAAUGAAGCUUUACAUCCUGUUGGCCGUCUUGACGCUCGGCUGCAUUGGCUAUGUCAUUGUGGAGAUUCUCUACAGAAAGAAGCAACGCAAGGUCAAGAAGCAAGAGAAACUGGAGGCAGCUGAAAAGGAGAAGGAGGCCGCUGCGGCUGCUGCUGCAGCUGCAGCUGCUGCUGAGGCCAAUGCCGCUGAUGGCGUUGAGGAGACCGAUGAUGAGCUCGAUGAUCUCGAAGAAGAUAUUGUAGUAACGCGCCUCUAAUAGCUCUACACACAUAUACAAACACACACAGACACACACACAUUUCUAUUCUCAGAUUCUCUAUCUAUCCAUUAUAUGUUUUGUUAAUUGUUGCAUGUUCUCCUUUUUUUUUUCUUUUUAUUUUAUUUUAUUAUAAUAAUAUAUUUUUUUUUUGUGAAAAAGAAAAAACAAAUGGAAAAAAAUGUUGCAUAGCCACAGGCGUUGUCUAUAUUUAGGCACUUUAGUACAUUCCCCUUGCUCCCGACCCACCACAACAAACACACACACACACAAAAUCUAUAACAUUUUGGCACAUUUCUGAAUAUACUUCGUGUGACCAACAAGGAUACCACGAAUGAACAUAAGGGAGCAGGAAAGAAGAAGAAGAAAGACAGAGAGAGAUAAAAAGAAAGAGAUCGAUCUAUAUAUUGAAAGAAAAGAAAAUAUGGUUUUCAAACGAAAGAAAAGACAAUUUGUAGCUUUAUAUAGUGAAAAGUGCAAUUGUUGAUGUGUGUGUUUGCCUAGUUGUAUAUCACCCACACCAACACACACACACACACACCAACACACACCAACACACACCAACACACACACGCACACGUAUUCGUAUGAGUGUCAAAAUAAUGCCUAAUAAAUUGUUAUUUUAUUUUAAA